UGCCAUUCGGUUGCCAUGACCAUGAGUGACAGUUUGACAGAAAAGACGCAAGUCCCGGCUACUUUGUCGUGCAUAAAAUAUAACAUUUUUUUAUUGAUUAAAAAAUAGCAUAACGUUUAAAAUUUAAUUUUAAUUUGAUAAAAUUCUCUACUAAAUGGGUCUUUUAGCAAUAUUGAGAAAAUUGAAAUCAUCACCAGACAAAGAGCUGCGUAUUCUACUCCUUGGUCUUGACAAUGCUGGUAAAACUACGCUACUAAAAAAGCUUGCAUCAGAAGACGUAACUCACAUUACGCCAACACAGGGCUUCAAUAUAAAGUCAGUUCAGUCUGAAGGAUUCAAACUGAAUGUGUGGGAUAUAGGGGGACAGCGGAAGAUCAGGCCAUAUUGGAGAAAUUACUUUGACAAUACGGAUGUUUUGAUCUACGUGAUAGACAGCGCCGACCGGAAGCGACUGGACGAGACGGGCUACGAGCUGUCGGAGCUGCUGAUCGACGACAAACUGGUGGGAGUGCCGCUGAUGGUGUUCGCCAACAAACAGGACCUGCUGCACGCGGCCACGGCCGCCGAUGUGGCGCAUGCGCUAUGUCUACACCAGAUCAAGGACCGGCCCUGGCAGAUACAGGCUUGCUCCGCCACGGCUGGCGAGGGCAUCAAGGAUGGAAUGGAGUGGAUAAGCAAAAAUGUAUGUAGGAAGAAAUAAUUAAAAUUAUGAACUAGCCAACAUAAACACAACGAGCACGAUUCUUUACUUUGCAAGACUGACGAGACGAGCCUAUGCCUUAUUCUUCGAAAUAUAAUAAAUAUUCUCUCAAAAGUUUAAAAAUAAUUUAUUCAAACACAAUCAUUUAGAUUACCGUAGAGGGAAGAAUAGGACGAAUUCAGCAAUCAGCGGUAAAAAUAAGAAUUUUGUUUUAUCGACAUAACAGCACUAGUCUUAAAUUAUAAUUACAUUUUUGGCAAGAUGUCCAUUAUUCAAAUUAAUGACAGAUGAGAAACAAUGUAUAUGUGAUGUAUAAUGUUUUGUAUGUUUAAUGUUAUAAAAAAUGAUAAAUAAGUA